UCGGGCUGCACGCGCUGCGACGGUUGACUCGGAGCUUCGCGCUAAUGGUUAACUUUCCCAGCGCGUUACGUUAACAUCCGCUUUCGUCAGUAAGUUAGCAAACAGUUCCGCUAACCGAGCCCACGUGACGCUAGCUCACCUGGGCACCGCUGCUGCCAGGUCGCUUUGUCGCUGUGAUACCUUCAUGGACAGUUCGCGGUAAUCGGGAGAAGACGGAGCUGCCGCCGGUGUAAAACGUUUUUGGGGAACUGAAGUCCUCAUCCCUCACCUGUUGAAACUGGAUUUUGAAGGUUCAGCGAUGGAUUUUCACCAAUAACCUUCCCUCGAUUGAACCCGUGGCUGUCGUUAUAUUUGCUUCAAUGUCCCACGGAGAGGAAAUAUCCUAGACUAGAAACCUCCAUCUACAGUUGACACUUUUUCACUGUUUGGCGCCCGUGCAGUCCCACAGCGAUGGGCUUCUGUUUGCCUGUGUGCAAGACUUUGCGGAGGGGGAAGUAUGUCCUACUCCUCUUUGUCUCGCUGUCGGUGCUGGCGUGGAUCGCAGCUCUUUCAGGCGACACAGUGAAAUCCGCUCUGGUCUUCGCCCCCUCGCCACAAACUCUCAUCAAAGCCGACGGUCUGAGGGAUCGACCCAACACCGAGCCGCCGGCGCCCGAUCGAGUAGAAACUCAAACGCCAAAAGUGGAAUGCCCUAAGGAAUCGCCAUUGCUACAGGGCUCUGUGAAGCUGUCCUUUGAAUCCUCUCUGACGCUGAAGGAGGUGGAGAGUCAAAACAAAGGCGUGGCCGAAGGCGAGUACGAGCCGUCGGACUGCACGGCGAGGCAGAGCGUGGCGGUGCUCAUCCCUCAUCGCAGCAGAGAGAGACACCUCCUCUACCUCUUGAACCACCUGCACCCCUUUCUGCAGAGGCAGCAGCUGCACUACGCCAUCUACGUCAUCCAGCAGGCUGGUGACGCAACUUUUAACCGUGCCAAGUUACUCAACGUCGGGUAUUUGGAGGCACUGAAGGACUACAGCUGGGAGUGCUUCAUCUUCCACGACGUGGACCUGGUUCCCGAGAACGACCACAACUUGUACGUCUGUGACGAUCAGCCCAAACACCUGGUGGUCGGCCGGAACGCCACCGGAUACAAGCUGCGCUACAAAGGCUACUUUGGAGGCGUCACGGCGAUGACCAAAGACCAGUUCCACCAAGUGAACGGAUUCUCCAACACCUACUGGGGUUGGGGCGGAGAAGACGACGACCUCCGCAUCAGGGUCGAGCUGCAGAAAAUGAAGAUCGUGCGGCCGCCCGCCGACGUCGCUCGCUACACCAUGGUGUUCCACAAGCGGGACAGCGGCAACGCAAUAAACAAAGACAGGAUGAGGCUGUUGGGACAAACUCCUCUGGUGUGGAAGAAGGACGGACUGAACAGCUGCUCGUAUAAGACCAUGUCGCUCGAGAGGCCGCCGCUGUACGUGAACGUUACCGUGGACAUCGGUAAGCCGUAGAAGGGAGACGACCAAUGGGAAGCCCGACUGGGACCCACACACACGUUAUGGUACACGUCUCUGAAGACUGAGCAAUAUGACCCACGAUAGGGACAGAUUUGGUAACAUUUUACUUGAACCACUCCUCUUCAGAUAAGCUUUAUUAUAGCGACAGAUUGCUCUUAAUUUUCACAAGUCGACCAAAUGAUGCAGCCGCUCGAGUUUUAUUGUUUUUAGAUAUCGUCACCUUCCUAAAAUAAUGGCCUAUGUCAUUUUUUGGGACUUUUUUCUCUCUCUUUUUUUGCCUGAAUCAUCUCAUGAUACUGGCCACCUCUGGUAAAACUGCCUCCAUCCUCAGUUGAACACAUCAUGUGAUUCUACCCCUGUAGUCUAAUGUAUCACAAUAUCAUAUAUAGGUCAACAUGUGGUCAAGUUCUUUGUAUUUAAAAAAAAAAACUGUAAAAAUGACUGGCUAUAAUUUUAUUAAGGUGAGGAUAUACAUCUCAGGUGGACAGUCUGUUCAACUUGAGCUCACCUCUCAUACACAUGUGAUUGUUUUUAGGGUUUGGUUUUUUUCUACUGUGAGUUGAACACUUUUACAUGUAAAGAUGUUGUUGAACUCCAACUUCUCAAAAAGAUUUUGUAAGAAUAUAAAACCAAGACAAUUGGGGGUAAUGUAGCAUUAAAUGUUUGACCAUUUUUUAAAUUUUAAUUUGUUCUUGUGAUGCCAUAAUAAUUAUUUGAGAAUGGCAUUCGUUGGAUUAAUUUUCAAUGUUUGCGGGUUGGUUUUGGGAUGAUUUAUUGUAUUGGUUGAUGGGAUCAUGCAGAUCACUUCAAUUAUGAUGUUUUUUCUCUUUAGAACACAUAUUUAAUAAAUAGUAUUUUCUUAUGAA